AUGGAUGCCGACGUCGAUGCGAUCGACAUCGAUAAUGACGAUGAUUACAGUGCAGGUAUAUUUGGCGUUUCUAGCUGCUGCUACAGUGAGAACAAUGACGCCCUCACUGGUAAGUACAACGUUCUUUUAGCAGUGCACACGAAGCGCACUGCUGUCAACAAGGAUAAAUCAGCAGAGGAAUUUCUGCUGACUCGCGAAGCGGUUGUCCGCUUCGUCUAA